AUGGCUUCACCAGCCGAGGAUGUUUAUGCGACUCUUCUCCUGAGCGAUACAUACCUACCAGGUGCAUUGGUGUUGGCCCAUUCUUUACGAGAUGCUGGCACCACCAAGAAGUUGGCAGUCCUCGUUACCGGGGACUCGGUAUCAGCAGAUGCAAUUGCGCAGCUGGGUAACGUAUACGACUUCAUUGUCCCCGUGGAACGAGUUGUCAACGAAACGCCCGCGAACCUGUUCCUCAUGGACCGCGCCGACCUACACUCGACUUUUACGAAGAUCACCCUAUGGAAGCAGUUGCAGUUCAGAAAGAUAGUAUAUGUGGAUGCCGAUAUCGUUGCGCUUCGUGCACCGGACGAGCUGUUUGAUUUGCCCCAUGCAUUCUCAGCUGCUCCGGAUAUUGGGUGGCCUGAUAUCUUCAAUACGGGACUUAUGGUUUUGACUCCGAAUAUGGGUGAUUACUAUGCGCUGCUUGCAAUGGCACAACGAGGGAUUUCCUUCGACGGAGCGGAUCAAGGUCUGUUAAACAUGCACUUCAAAAACACCUUCAAUCGUUUGAGCUUUACCUACAACGUCACGCCGUCUGCUCACUACCAGUACCUCCCCGCGUAUCGGCAUUUCCAGUCGAGCAUUAGCAUGGCACAUUUUAUUGGCACUGCUAAGCCAUGGACUGAGGGUAGGGAAGCAAACAAGGGCUCGACUCCAUAUGAUGAAAUGGUGGGAAGAUGGUGGGCUGUCUAUGACCGACAUUUUCGAGAAUCGUCAGUCGACAGUUCUUCCACAGGGAACUCGACAAUCGUACAGUACCAUACCAAGGGCGAAUAUCGACCAGUUGUACCAAUUAUAUCGGUCACCUCGAGUAGCCAGGCAUACCAGCCUGAAGAGACCGAGAGUGAGAUACCCCCCAAAACUGCUGAAGAGCCCUUGCAUGAAAGACCUGAAUUACCGAAAGAAGUGGAAGAAGCUUAUCUCCCUCCCAUAGAAACUAGGUUGGAUAAGGGAAGGGAACCGGAGGCGCCAGUCCAGCAAUUUAUGUCUUGGGAUGCAAGCAGGGAUCCACCACCAGCUGGCUCUCGCCCGGAAGCUUCCAAUUUCCCCGCGACACACUAUGAAAUGUCCUCCGAUCCUACGCCGUUCAAGGCCCCUGAGAGGUAUCCAGAUCCGCCAAAGGAUAUGUACUACCAAGUACCGAAAACCCCAACUUAUCAAAAGCCUGCACCAAUCUUUCCCUGGGAGAAAGAUGCUCCAAAACCCACUAGAGUAUUCCCCGAAGACAAUCUUAGUAUUACUAAGCACCCAAGCAGCAAUGAACUAGCCGAGGCGUCCCCAGAGGAAGAGUCCCAAGCCAUACCACCUGUUACACCCACCACACCUACAAUCCAAUUUACGUCUGCUGAUCCAUGGCAGUCAUUUACUCGCAGCAACGCCUGGGACGAUAUUCCUGAGAUAGAGCGGUACAUCGGCAACUUGCAAAAGAACCGCAAGGGAAACAUCCAAGUACUACAAGGAUAUGGCUCAGGUAUAGCAGAUGUGUCCAGCCCCGGUGGCUUCAGGCACAGUAUGAGGCUCACCGACUUCCCAACAGCAGUCGAAAGACCAAGCCUACCCGUGACCCCCGCCCCAAGGCACAAGCCCAGCUUCUGGGGCGAAGAAAGGGACGAGGAUGGAGAACUCCCUGCCGCCGCAGGGGUUCCAUCUCAAGAACAAUGGGAUCCUGCGGCCCAACUAGAACAACUCGCUCGACGCCAAUCCGAUGUCUUUGUGAAUAAGCUGGAUGAGGAACCCGCAAGGGAGAUUCCGACAAGACCGCUUCCUUUCGGAUCCGAGAACGUCCGCUCUCCUACUCAUGGGCAUGUGACUAGAGGGUCGACCGCGGGAUCGACGCCUAGAACUACGAUUCCGGAACCGAGUUAUCAUGGCCCUGGGGCAAUGUGGGAAAAAGAUGAUAACUUCAUGACACACUCAACCCCGGAGCCGGCGACAGAGGAUGAGAAGGAUGUGCUCGACACCUAG